AUGCUUUUUACCUUGAACUCCCUCUGCCUAUUAAUGACACUUCUCGUCGAGUGUACCAAGGCUAACAUCAUCGAAGCGUGCCCUGGAGACCCCUACAAAGGAUGGCCUUCUGGAAAAGCAGUGUAUUUUCAAUCAAAUGAGCAAGAAAACAGCGUUAUCUCCAUUCCGAUCGGACGUGAUGGGAAACUCUACGGCGGUAUGAUCACUUCCUCGGGUGGCAAAGGAGGUGCCGGCAUAGACAGUACCACCAAAAAACCUGCAGCCCCGGACGCACUUUCAUCGCAAGGAUCGGUGAUUGUGAGCGGCGAUUAUCUUUUCGCUGUAAACGCUGGGUCAAAUACUCUGACCAUGUUCAAAAUCAACCCAAACGAUGCAACAAAUUUGACUAUGAUCGGAGAGCCUGCUAAAAUUCCUGGGGAGUUCCCCGUGACUGUUGGAGCGUCAGUGAAGCACAGCAUGGCAUGCGUCGGGUAUACAGGGGCCAAGUCCGGCACGUCUUGUGCUGUAUUCACCCAAAUGGGACUGGGCCAGAUGAAGCAGGUCGUUGAAUUUGACCUUGAUCAAACCACCCCUCCUAUAGGCCCAACGAAUACGGUAGCUCAAGUCUUCUUCGCUACGGAUGAGUUUCGUUUAAUCACCACCGUCAAAGGAGACCCUAGUACGAACAAAACAGGCUUCAUUUCUGUUCUGCCUUUCAAAGAUACACGCUCAUCUAUUUUUGAAGACGGCGAUAUACGAAGCUCGCCCCCAGGAACUGCUGUGCUUUUCGGUGGCGUCAAUGUUCCUCUUACCUCUGAUCUCUUCAUUACGGACGCAUCCUUUGGGACCACACUGCUCAGCCUCAACCACACAACCGAAAAGUUAUCUUUAAAACACAAGGUCACCAUCAUGGGCCAAGGGGCGACCUGUUGGGUCGCCUAUUCAAAGGCGAGGAAGAGUUUCUUUGUGACUGAUGCCGCAGUCAACCGACUGAUUGAGAUUAGUAAAGAUGGUUCGGCGAUCAUGUCGAUGUUGGACUUGAAAAAUGGUGACCUCGGGCUCACGGACCUUCAAGUUUCUGGUCGUUUUGUUUAUGCCCUUUCUCCUGGCAACGGUACUAUCCCUGCGGCAAUCACAGUAGUCGAUUCCUUUGAGGGCCAUCAGAUUCAGCAUUUCUUGCUGGAAAAGUUGGGUGCUGGGAAACGAUCGCAGGGCAUGGCUAUUCUUCAAAAAUAG